AUGUUAGAAGCCCAAGGAGCUCUUCCUUUUGUGUCAGAUGUAAAUGAGAAAACCCAAAUCUGCACGUUGUUGGUCCAACAUGCUCUAUUGGAUUCUGUGCAGUUUCUUCUCAAUGAGCUUAAAGAAGGACUUGAAACAUUUGGCGUUUUGGAAUCGAUUCAACGAUAUCCUGAAAAAUUUAGAGAAGUAUUUUUCAUGGGCGAAAUGAGUAAAUUAGAUGCGCAACUGGUUGAUCUUCUGUUCAUUCCUAAUUACGACGAAGAAGGAUCAAAUAUUCGAUUUUCACAAGAAGAGGCUGUUGUAUAUUUUCGAUAUUACUUACAGGAUUGCAUGGCGAGGACACAUGCAUCUUGUGCGACACACCAAUGGAAUUGCUGGAUUUGGUGCACUCGUCUUUUGUUUGUUUUUGUUUGUAUUUUGUGUUUUUCUUCAACGUACUUGUGUCCUUGAAGCGCAACUUGUGGUCUGUUGACAUAUCUUGCCACAAUUUAGCUGCCUCUUUUGUUGAAAUGGCGUUAGGGAAAUUUUUAGAAGCUCUGUUUGUCUUACUACCUUUAUGAAAAAAAUUUAAGAAUGACGACGGUGGAUGUUUA